UUUUCUGGCACCUCACUUAUAUAAAGUGACUCAGCUGUUUAAGCUCCUCAUUGUCAUAAAACUAUAGGCUCGCUCAACCACUCCAAACGAUCUUGGUAAGAUCGCGGCAUGUGAUCACGUGAGUACAUGUCCGCUCAAUCUCCUGCAACUGAACCGAUUAUCACAUAACACUCUUUGGACCUGCUAGAAGUAGCAGUGCAAUACAUUCAUAAGCCAUUCGCGAUGGAGUCCCAACUCCUCACGCCGCUCAGCACCCUAGAAACAAGGCUAAACAAUCUGCUGAUGUCCAUAGUCUCUUCUCCAACCGCUGCGGGAGCGCCGGCAGCAGCCCUUUCACUCCUAGAGGCAGACGACGCGCUCUCAUGCGCCCUUAAAACGCUACACACGCACCAAUUGAAUUACGCUAAAAUCCUACGUUUGCGUGCGGAAGCACUCACGCUGGAGGAGCGCGUGCGCGACAUCGUCCGUGAAGUCGAGAACGUGGGGAAUGAAAUAUCCACUGCGUGCCAGGAGGGGGUUGGUGCAAGUGAUGAUGAUAGUAGUGUCUCGGACGUCAAGAUCGAGGCGGACGGGGAAAAGGAGAAGGAAGGGGAAGAUGUAGAUACGCAAAUGGGGGGCGUAUCGGCCGGGUCUCCUGUUGGGUUGAAGCGGGCAGGGAAUAGGAGAGGGAAGGAGACAAAGGAGAUUGACUACAAAUUACUUGUUAAUUUUGCCCGCAGAAUUAGUCGUUAUAACAGUGAUGCGGCCGCAGAUGUUAGCGCUAGCAGUCCCAUCAAAGCGACACCGCCACUGGGGGACACGGACGGUCAAGGGCAGCAAACAAAUGUCAUUGAAGAGAACGGGGGAGACGCAGAGCGAGUGGGUGCGGGAGGACAGCAGGGGGGAAAGGGCUUUGGAGUUGCAGCGCUGUCACAGGAGACAGUGUCCUGGCUUGACGAAACGGCGAACUGGUCACGCGACUUGUCACGGAUGGCAUUCCCAAGUGAAGAGCGGAUACGAAUGGGGUUGAUGGGCCAGUUACAGGCAAAGGCGAACGAAGGGGUAGAUGUGGAGAAGGAAAUUGAGCUCUUAAUUCGUACCUCAGAGGGCGUAGGUGUCGAUGGUGGUGGUGAAGCCAGCGCUGCGGCUGGCGGCCAGGGGACAUUGAUGGAUGAGGUGGUUGGGAUUGAAGGGGAACAGAUUGGACAUGGCCGGGCAAGCGGUGGCAUUAGCCGGGCGGAUACUGCUGUGGGAGGAGUACCAGCACCCAGGCCGAAACCGAAGGCUGUAUUGGAUUUGGAUUUAUAUGACCCCGAUGAGGACGAUUAAGGGCAGCUCACCUGAACUGAAGUUGCAUCGCGUGCACAAGUUUCAGCGAUCUUUGGAACUGGGUUAAAGUCAAUGAUAUUCGUUUGCAACCUAUAUGGUGAAUCGUAUAAUUCGAACUAACACACUUGCUUGUACUCCGUACAUUGUGCCUUUUUCGAUUUGUUUCUCUUCAAACCCAAGAUUCAGCAUUUCAUACAGAUGCCUUCAUUGCUAGAACGACUAAUUAAAACUCACAUGCGUGAUCACUAUCCUCAUAUACAAGUCAUUAUAUGGUCAUGAUAAAAUCCUUGCCCCUACAGGCUAUUAAAAAAAAAGAAGAACUUCAUAAGUAUUGGCUGCCCAAUAGAACCUGCCCCUCGGCCACGCCACAUGUCACAACUCACGUCAUUAGACAUUAGAAAAGGAAAUCACAAAACCAGGCAAGGGAAAAUAGCAGCGCGCAAUUACGAAGUAAAAUCACAUCUGAUGCACCUUCGAAUUAGCUGUGAUCUUCCUUAGCCGCUUCCCAUAGUAAUAAAACACGAUCCCCCAAGCGCAGAAGAAAGUCG